CAAAGAUGGGAGUUCCUGUGAAAAUUCUCUGUAUCUUCAUGCUUCUGCUGCACAACAGCGUUCAGAGUGUGUUGAAUGAUGAGGCGACACUCGAUCUCCCUGAAAAUUAUGAAAUCGGCUGGAUGGAAAGUCUGAAUGAUGAUAAGUUCAUUUCUGAAGUCACUAUUCCUGGCACUCACGACACCAUGGCUCUUCAUGCAGGAGCACCAGCAGAAUGUCAGUCGUGGUCCCUGGAGAACCAGCUACUCGCCGGCAUACGCUACCUGGACUUGAGAGUGAAGGGGAAGAACCUGAAACUUGUGCAUGGUGUGAUUUCACAGCAUACAACAUUCUCUGAUGCCAUCGACACAAUUAAGAUUUUUCUGGCUCAAUAUAAAACUGAGGCAGUGUUGGUCCGAGUCAAGCACGAGUCAAAGGGCCCAUUUCCAGAUGAUGUUGCAAAUGAUCUUAAAAAUGAUUCUAGUUGUUGGGUUAGUGAUAAAAUACCACGAAUUAAAGAUGUGAGAGGAAAGAUUGUUUUUGUUCAGAAAAACAACUUUGAACUGGGAAUUCCUCUGCUUGAAACUGAUGAAAAGGAUGACUAUAAAGUAGGUAAUGUCGGAGUUACAGAAGCUGAAAUUACUGAGCAUCUGAAUGAGGAUGUAAAAGAUUGUAAAGCUGAUAUUGUUGUGCUGAACUAUUCAAGCGGCAAAGGCUGGCCUCAGCUGAGACUAGACAAAGCCCCAAGAAGUUUGGACAAAGAAGAAAACUUUUGGCUGUACAGUAGAAGCUUGUCUCCACCGGAUUCGAAUCCUUGUUUUGGGAUUAUAGCGAUGAACUGUCCAAGCUUUGCUUUGAUACAACGGAUCAUUGGUUUUAAUUACUAGGUGUUUAAUUGCAUUUAAUCACUAUG